AAAUUUUACGUAAUUUCGAAGUACUUUCAAUUCUUAUAUCCGAUCCCCUCAAUUCCUCCUCCGACAAGAGUCGACGUAGUAGCGUUUUGAUGAACGGAUAACGAAACAUUCCGAUUUUAACAAGUUGUCUUUCCAGCAAAAAUCUGCAUCAAAACAUUUCGUCCUCAAUUUCCGUGGUGCUACGGAAUGUAAGACUAGGUGGUGCUGAAUUGCUGAUUACUGGGUUUUGUGAUGGAUAAUACUAUUAAUGAAAAUACUUGCAAUUUAAGUGGAAGAUCAAGUUCAAGUGCGAGUACUGCUAGCUUACCUGAUACAGAAGACGAUCAAACGAUUGCCGAAUUGUUGGCUGAGGAAGAGAGGUUGGGAAAUGGUGGGAACUUGCUUGGUAGGAGGCUGUCUCAUUUGGAUUCAAUCCCGCACACGCCUCGAGUUAUCAGCGAAAUACCUAAUGCAGAUGAUGCAACCUUUGACCAUAAUCGGUUAGAAGAAAGAUUGGCGACAUAUGGUUUGGCGGAACUAAAGAUCGAGGGAGACGGUAACUGUCAGUUUCGAGCAUUAGCAGAUCAGUUGUUCAAAAAUCCAGAUUACCACCGGCAUGUGCGGAAGGAGGUUGUUAAGCAGCUAAAAAGCAGUAGAAAGCUGUAUGAAGCCUAUGUACCGAUGAAGUACAGAAGAUACUUGAGGAAGAUGAAAAGGGUUCUUGUUUGCAGAACAGGGGAGUGGGGAGACCAUGUCACCUUGCAAGCAGCUGCAGAUCGAUUUGCAGCCAAAAUUAAUCUGGUCACCUCUUUUCGAGACACUUGCUAUAUUGAGAUCUUGCCUUAUGACAAGAACUUUCAUAAAGAAAUAUGGCUGAGCUUUUGGAGUGAAGUACACUAUAACUCGUUGUAUGAUAUUGGAGAUGUGCCAUCAAGGUUGCCAAGGAAAAAACAUUGGCUAUUUUAACACAAUACUCCUAUGAUGUAAGUUAACUUUGUGUCCAUUGAUGCGGACAUAAUAGAUCUACAUGACAAGCUCGGUCAUGUUCGUGGUUGAUGGAUUUAAAUUGUGUAUAUGUGACAUAGUAUCUUAAGAAAGCCAACUAGGGAUCAGUUAUGUACUUGUUAUCCUUGUAAUGAUUAAGUUCAUCUUUGUAUGUUGUAUAUCUCUAAUUUGGCCUAA